AUGUUCUAUGGGACCCACUUCAUCAUGUCUCCGCCCGCCAAGAGCAAGCUGAAGCGGCAGGGCCAGCUGCUGUCGAGCGUGCUGUCCCGCACGCUGAGCUACAAGUACCGCGACCUGGACGCCACCUUCGCCGAGCUGGGCGCCAGCGACGACCCGGCGGAGCUCUCCACGCGGCUCUCGGCCCCCGGCGUGCUCAAGGUGUUCGGGGACAGCGUGUGCACGGGCGCCCACUACAAGAGCGUGCUGGCCACCGGCCGCUCCAGCGCCCGCGAGCUGGUGAGGGAGGCGCUGGAGCGCUACUCCCUGAGCCCCGACGGCGCCAGCCAGUACGUGCUGUGCGACGUGGUGGGCCAGGCCGGCGACUCGGAGCGGCCGUGGCAGGCGGAGUGCGUGCGGGUGUUCGGGGACAACGAGAAGCCGCUGCUGGUGCAGGAGCUGUGGAAGCCGCGCGAGGGCUUGUCCCGGCGGUUUGAGCUGAGGAGGAGGGCCGACGUGGAGGAGCUGGCGGCCCAGGACGUGGACACGGUGACGGCAGGGAUAAACGCCCAAGCCCGGAGGCUGCAGCGGAGUCGCGCCAAGGGCACCCCAACCUUGGCCUCGGGGGACGCCCGGAGCCCCCCUGCACCCCUGCUCCGCCGCUCGGCCAGUGAGACCAGCCUGGGCCCUGCCGCCCAGGAGCCCGGCCAGGACGCCAUGCGCUACUCCCUCUACGAGUCGCCCCACCUGCUGCUCCUGCAGGGCUACAGCCAGCAGCAUGACAGCCUGGUGUACGUGCUGAACCGGGAGCGGCACACUGUGGGCCAGAGGACGCCCUCCAGCAAGCCCAGCAUCAGCCUCUCGGCGCCCGACAUCCUGCCGCUGCACUGCACCCUCCGCCGGCGCCACGCCUCCGGCCGCGAGCCGCCGGGGGGCCUGCUGGUCCUGGAGCCGCUGCCCGGCGCGCCCGUGGCCGUCAACUUCGUGGCCGUGGGGGGCCGCACCGUGGUCCUGCGCCACGGGGACCUGCUGUCGCUGGGCCUCUACUACCUGCUGCUGUUCAAGGAGCCGGCGCAGGCCCAGCCGCUGCCCGCGCCCGCCCUGGCCCGCCUGCAGGCCCUGCCCCACAGCUGCCGCGUGUGCGGCGCCCAGCUCCGCACCCAGGACGCGCGGCCGCGGCAGCUGCGCCUGGAGUUCGAGCCCGACGUGGAGGACGCGCUGCUGCAGCGCAUCAUGACGCUGGUGGAGCCGGGCGGCGCCGACCACAAGCUGACGCCCGCCUUCCUGCUCUGCCUCUGCGUGCAGCACUCCGCCACCCGCCUCCCGCCCGGCUCCUUCGGCCAGCUUCUGCUCAAGAUCGCCAAGGCGAUCCGCGACACCGUCUGGGAGAAGACCAAGGAGCUGGCGGAGAAGCAGGCGCCCCUCCAGGAGCCCGUGACGGCGGCCGGCGGCUGCCUGGCCGGCCUGCUGCCCGAGCUGCGGCACGUGCUGCUGUGGAUGGCCAACGCCGUGGAGCUCCUGUACUUCGUGCAGCAGCAGGGCCCCGUGUACAUGCAGGGCCUGGAGCAGGGGCCCGGCGGCUCAGGCUCCAUGGAGUCUGUGUUCUCCUGCGCGCUCUCGGCCAGCGAGGAGGCCAUGGCGGAGCUGGAGGAGGUGAUCUUGUAUGCCUUCCAGCAGUGCGUGUACUACAUCUCCAAGUCCCUGUACGUCUGCCUCCCGGCCCUGCUGGAGUGCCCCCCUUUCCAGACGGAGCCGCGGGAGAGCUGGUGCCAGGCCCCCCAGCUGCCCGAGGAGCUGCGCCGCGUCGUGUCCAUCUACCAGGCGGCGCUGGACCUGCUGCGGCAGGCCCAGGUGCACCCCGAGAUCGUGGCCCAGGUGCUGGCCUACCUCUUCUUCUUCUCCAGCACGCUGCUCUUCAACCAGCUCCUGGACAAGGGCCCCUCUCUGAGCUGCUUCCAUUGGCCCCGAGGUGUGCAGGCCUGUGCCCGCCUGCAGCAGCUCCUGGACUGGACCCGGGCCGCGGGCUUCGGGGAAGCCGGGGAGCACUUCUUCCGGAAGCUCUCCUGCACCCUCAACCUGCUGGCCACACCCCGCGCCCAGCUCAUCCAGAUGAGCUGGGCAAGCCUGCAGGCCGCGUUCCCUGCCCUGAGCCCCGCGCAGCUGCACCGGCUCCUCACCCAGUACCAGCUGGCCUCGGCCACGGGCCCCAUGAGCGUCUGGGAGCCGGGCGCCCAGGACCGCCCCGAGGCCUUCAACGCAGAGGAUGUGCUGGAGUCCUAUGAGAACCCCCCGCCCAUCGUCCUGCCCAGCGAGGGCUUCUGGGUGGACCUGGAGGCGGACUGCCCGGACGACAGCAUCUACCAGCACCUUCUCCACGUGCGCCACUUCCUGUGGGGCCUGCGGAACAAGCCCCAGCCCCAGGGCCUCGAGGGCCAGCACCCCCCCACCCCUGAGGGGCACCCCGAGGGCCAGAGCUGCCCCGUGGCGGGCCCAGCACACCCUCCUCCCUCGGCCGGGACUCUGGGCACACCGGGUCCUCCAGGAAGGCCGCGGGGCCACAGGAACCACGGGGGCCCCCAGGCUGGGCCCCCGCACACAGACUCCUCCUGCCUGCUCACGCCGCCCGGCACCCCACUCGAGCCCCCUGGCCCUGAAUGGCACCACCCCGGCGGCCCCCGUGGGAAGGCGCACUCAGAAGAGAGGCCUGGACUGUGCGGCCCCCAGGGGGCGACGCCGGAAGGAGACGGUGUGGCCCCGGAGGAUGAGCCCCCGCCGGCCCCCUCCAGCCGCAGCUCCAGCGCCGAGGACUUCUGCUCCGUCUUCCAGGUGGAGCUGGAGCGAGGCCCCUCGGGGCUGGGGAUGGGCCUGAUCGACGGGAUGCACACGCCCCUGGGCGCGCCCGGCCUCUACAUCCAGACGCUGCUCCCGGGCAGCCCCGCGGCCGCGGACGGCCGGCUGUCGCUGGGGGACCGCAUCCUGGAGGUGAACGGCAGCAGCUUGGCGGGCGUCGGCUACCUGAGGGCCGUGGACCUGAUCCGCCACGGCGGGCGGAAGAUGCGGUUCCUGGUGGCCAAGUGCGACGCGGACACGGCCCAGAAGAUCCGCUUCCGCUCGCCCCCUCCCUAG